AUGGCCCCCGGUCUCGUGGAUUCAAGUGCUUUCCCGCAGCCUACAUCCAAGCCUGUCAAGCUGGAUGUGUUCCCCGAUGGAUUCAAAACAUCUGGACAACACCCUCCUAUCUAUUCACAAGUUCGCCCUUAUGCCGACUUCCCCAAAGUCCACACAGGACCCACAGUAUGGAAGGCUGAAGACUAUCGCAACAACCCCGAGUUGUGGACGCAUACUUUCACAGCCGAAGAGAUCGAAGAGAUCAGCAAUGCUACCGAGAAUUUUAUCAAGAGUGGAACUCCCCUGACUGGUAUCUCAAAGACAAACUUCUAUCUUCCAAAGCUAGCCAACCGCAUGGAAGAGCUUCGAAUGGACCUAAUUGACGGCAAAGGAUUCUUCCUGUUCCGAGGCCUCCCAGCUCAAGAAUGGGAUCUCCAAAAAUGCGCAACAGCAUACAUGGGCCUGGGCACAUACCUAGGCUACUUCGUCAGUCAAAACGGCCGAGGCCAUGUCCUCGGCCACGUCAAAGAUCUCGGAGAAGAUCCCACCAAGACCGACCGAGUCCGCAUCUACCGAACCAACGCGAGACAAUACUUCCACACAGACGGCGCCGACUUCGUCGGUCUCCUCUGCGUAGCCAAAUCAAUGAGCGGCGGUGAAUCCGACAUCGCAUCCACGCACAACGUCUUCAAUACGUUGCAAGAACGCUACCCAGAAGUAGCACAGACCAUGUGUGAACCCAACUGGUACUUCGACCGCAAAGGCGAAGUCUCCGAAGGCGAAGAGCAAUGGAUCAGAGGAAGCAUCUUCUACCUCGAAAACGACCGCGCCGGAACUCCCCGCAUCUACGCCCGAUUCGAUCCUAUGAACGUGACGUCUUUGGCGCGAUUCAACUCUGGCCCUGACGCGCGCAUUCCCCCGCUAUCGGAUAAGCAGAAGUACGCCCUGGAGGUGUUCGAGAAGGUCUGUAAGGAGCUUGCGCUUCACAUGAUUCUUGAUCCUGGUGAUAUUCAGUUCUUGAGUAAUGCGCAGGUCUUCCAUGCCCGCACUGCGUACACGGAUCACCCGCCUGGCGCUGUGGAUGACCAGGGCCGGCCUGCUAGACGCCGGCAUUUGAUGAGACUUUGGUUGGCGGCGCCGGAGUCUGAGGGCGGUUGGAAAUUGCCAUAUCAUGAUACGUUGGAGAAGAAGCGUGGUGGGAUUCAGGUUAAUGAUACGCCUCCUGUUUGUCCUUUGGAUGCCGAGUGA